AUGAAUGCGACGGAACCGAACCUCGAUUUCAACAGAUCUACGCCUAUAUACAUGAUCGGAACUAAUUUUAUAACUCAAUGGAAACUACAAAAGCUGAAACAGCGUGCCUGUAUCACCACAUCUAGCUAUCCUGACUGCCAAGACGCAUCAAAUAUCACCAACUAUACAGAUAUUCUAUAUUUCAAUACUACAAUUGAAGAUGCGAUCACAAGCGAUCAAUUGCAACCUGUGCUUCCACCAUUCCCGCUUUGGCUGGCGGCGAUCAUUGCCACCUGCCUUGUUCUGGUGAUUCUGUUGACUGUCAGUGGUAAUGUUCUGGUUCUCCUGGCCUUCCUCGUGGACAGAACGAUACGUCAGCCUAGCAACUACUUCAUUGCUUCACUCGCUGCGACAGAUCUGUUGAUAGGUACAUUGUCUCUGCCAUUCUACACUGACUAUGUUUUGAAAGGGUACUGGCAUUUAGGACCAUUGUUAUGUGACCUUUGGCUAUCCGUAGAUUACACUGUAUGCCUUGUAUCACAAUACACGCGUUGCUAUUCUUUACAACUAUUUUUGGCUGGGAACAUUUCGUUGGAUAUCGAGACUUACAGGAAGGAGAAUGAAUAUUUAAAACUGCUUACGAUAUGCAAAAGAAAAGUGAAGCGAAACAAAGAAAAAUGCAAUCAAUGGUAG